AUGACAGUUUCACGGCGGCGAUCAUCAAAGCGACGAGCCACAACGAUCUCUCAAUGGAUCUCGAAAACGUUCAGUUCAUACACAGACACAUACAACCCCGCGAGUUUCAAACCAAUCAUACGCGCCAUCUCGUUGCGCGUGGAACACACGCACAGCUGGACGGUGGCUUUGAAAAGCUUGAUGCUGAUCCACGGCUUGUUCCUCGGCGGUAGCCCGCCGGCCGAGUCGAUCGGACGGUUACCGUUUGAUCUUUCCGGAUUCGGGAAAACAAAAUCCCGGUUUAGCAGAACCGGAACCGGUCGGUUUAGUAUUUUCGUUCGCGCUUAUUUCUCGUUUCUCGACGGAAGAUCGAUUCUCUAUUUCAACGAUCGGAACCGGAGCGAGUUCACGAGUCGACUCGAGAUCAUCGUUGAAAUGCAACGAGUCGUCGACUCGUUGAUGAGAAUCAAACCGAUUGGUGAGACGAUGGAAACGCCUCUCGUGAUCGAAGCUAUGGAAUAUGUAAUCAGCGAGAUUCUGGAGAUUCACGGUCAAAUCUGCCGCGGAUUCGCCGAUUUCUUAUCGGAUGUUGAAUCGAAUUCCGAGAAGUCGGAGGCGGAGUUGGCGAUGAAGAUCGUCGCGAAAUCGUUGUCUCAGGGAGAAGAACUCGUAAAGUAUUUCGAUUUCUGCAGAGGUUUCGGCGUCGCGAACGCCAGAGAGAUUCCCGAUUUCGUACCAAUCUCCGGUUGUGACAUGAUAGAUCGGACGGUGAAAAUAACGCCGUUAACGGCGGAGACGGAUUUGGUAGCUAGUGAAGAUCAAAAACCGCUUCUCGUUGGUUUAUCCAGCUAUUGA